CAUCGAGAGGACGACAUACCUAGAUCUAGAGCUGGCCGUGCCUUCAGCAACUCGCCGGUGAACGGGUAGAAUUAAUAUUUUCGCCUGCAGAGACGAGGAGGACGAGCUCGAUCUGGCGAGCGGCGACGACGGAAGAUGAUUUGGCGGGCCACCUUAGUUCGCAUCUGACAGUUGGAAUCUGAUGGAGUUUCCCAAGCCGCUCACAUCAGUUGAAGAUGAAGAUGCAAUCUUUUGAUGCUCGUCUUGAGUAAGGGCUGCAAGCUGUGCUGCUAUUUGUAUGGAGGCAGCAGUGGUGAGCGUGUCGGAGGGCGCUGUAGGCUCCCUGCUUGGGAAGCUUGGCGAUCUGCUCGCUGGCAAUUACAACCUGCUGAAAGAAGCCAUAGAUGACAUCGUGCCACUGAAAGCUGAGCUCGAGAGUAUGCGCGCGUUCCUGGAGAGGACGUCCGAAGCGGACGAAGAGCCCGACAAGCAAGCCAAGUGCUGGGCAAAGGAGGUGCGUGAUUUGUCCUAUGACAUCGAGGACAGCGUCGAUGACUUCAUGCGGUCCGUGGAAUGUGAGUCCAACAGCAAGCCGAGUGGAUUUUUGAAGGGGUUUAUUCAUAGGACCAUGAACUUGUUGACAACGAUGAACUCUCAGCAUAAGAUUGCCAAGGAGUUCCGAGGCCUCAAGCGUCGUGUCGUGGAGGCGAGCGAGCGACGCACGAGGUACAAGAUUGAUGAUGCUGUCUUCAAGCCAAACAACACACCCAUUGAUAUUCGUCUGCUGGCAUUAUAUGAAGAUAAAUCAGGCCUUGUGGGUAUCGACGGGCUGAGGGAUGAAUUAAUUAAACUGAUGGUUGAUGAAGAGGAUGUCUCCACACAACAGAUGAAGGUCCUCUCUAUAAUGGGAUUUGGAGGGCUGGGUAAGACUACGCUUGCGAACCAGAUUUACGGGAAGCUAAUGUGCAAGUUCGACUGUGGAGCUUUCGUUUCCGUAUCCCAGAAACCAAACAUUAGAAAUAUUUUCAGAAGAAUGCUCUCAGAAGUUGGCUAUGAAGCUCCGGAGGGAACCAACAUGGAUAUAUGGGCACAGGAUGAACUGAUCAGUGCGCUCAGAAAAUUCCUUAUGGAUAAGAGGUAUUUUAUUGUAAUUGAUGACGUUUGGGAUGAAACUGCAUGGAAUGUUAUUAGAUGUGCUCUUCCAAAAAACUCUAAAGGUAGCAUGGUAAUAACAACUACACGAAUUGAUACUGUGGCUAGAGCUUGCUGCAGCAACCAACGUGAUUAUGUUUACAAGAUGAAGUCACUAAGCCACAAAGACUCAAGAAAGCUAUUUUUCAAAAGAGUAUUUGGUUCAGAGGAUGCCUGUCCUCUGUAUUUGGAAGAAGUUUCAGCUCAAAUUUUAAAAAGAUGUGGUGGCUUGCCUCUCGCUAUUGUCACUAUAUCGAGCCUUUUGGCUAGUGAGGGAACCAAAUUGAAGGAGCACUGGGAGCACAUAAUGGAUUCUCUGUCCCCAAAUUUUGAAGUGAAGCCAACAUUGGAGGGAAUGAGGCACAUACUAAGCCUUAGCUACAUAAAUCUUCCUUAUUAUUUGAAGACAUGCAUGCUAUAUUUGUGUAUCUCUACUCCUAUAGUGUAGCAGUUUUGAAUUUGGAUUUACCACCUCUAUUUCAACUUUCCCGCCGGAGCAAGCCAAACUCAAUCCCAGCCAUUGAUUUGCUAUCUUUCACUGCUAUCCACCCUCCAUCGGACGUUAUUCUCCUGGAUCCAACGGCUAAUAUUUACCGGAUUCGCUGCACCGCUUUCCACAUGUGCCUGAACCAGCCCGCACGUUCUAGAUAGCUCUUGACUGACUCUGUAUGGCGUCGGCCAAAUUUGAAUCCAGUUUGCCUGCGGAACUCCCGGACACCAUACACAGCCAGCGCGCCAAAGCUAGCAUCUCCAUCCCCUCCACCUAUUCUCUACACCCUGCUACGGUUGCAUCUUCUUGCUUUGCUUUCGCCUGCAUCUAGCCUGUGGGAUCUACGGGAGGGAGCUGAAGUGCAUAGGCAACAGAUUUGGGUUUUGCAACUUCAGAAGACCAGCCUCGGCGUCCCGCAUGACUCUGUGUCAACAUUCCGACCUGAAUAUCAGCUCAUUUGCUUCACAUUUAUCAGUGUCAGGUAAUAUCAGUGAAAAUGGAGAUGACAUGACAGUUGAAUAUGGGCAAACCCAGGAUAUGCUUGAAGGCGAUGAUGAAGAUGAUGAGAGCUAUAUAUUCGGUGGACGAGAAAAUGGGACAGGUUCUGAAUAUGCGUCCUAUCAAGAACCAAGCCGUGCAAUUCGUGAAACACAAGCUGAUCCAUAUGAUCACAUAUAUCAGAAUUUACCAAGUGGUAAUCAUGUCUUGGAGGCAGUACCUAAUUGCAACCAUUGCGGCGCAAAAAGGUUUCAGUAUGAGAAACCAACAUUUUGUUGUAUGGGAGGCAGAGUCACGAUAGUAAGUUAGUAACUCCAAGUGUUCCUGACGAACUGCGUCGAUUGUACACAAGUCAAGAUCCAGAAGCUAAGUUUUUCCAAGAUAAUAUACGGGUCUCCGGCUGAUCUAUUUUAGGAAUAAGCACAAUAGCCGUUUCACUGACCUAUUGCACGAGGCUUAUUGUUAAGGCAUUUCAAGGUAAUGUUAUUGACGCUGAGAUUAUUGGAGGACAACAUUCUGGAAAGCGAGUUUUCCUUCCACGGAUCCCUUUGUACCCUUCUGAAGAUGAUGCACUUCCGUUUAAAUUCACAAGAAAACAAUUUCCUAUUCGUCUUAGCUUUGCGAUGACAAUCAAUAAAGCUCAGGGUCAAACCAUUCCAAAUGUUGGCAUCUACCUUCCGGAACCUGUAUUCUCACAUGGUCAACUGUAUGUUGCUUUGUCUAGAGGGAUAUCACGGCAAACGACAAGAAUUUUUGCCAAAUCAAACAAAGAUAUCGACCCACUGGAGAGAAGUACUAAAAAUAUUGUCUAUAAAGAUGUUUUGAUAUGUUAAAUGUAUUAUAGGCGGAGUGAUGUGCUACAGUGACCAAGGAAGAGUCCAAAUUUGAACAAUUUCAGCCUUCCUGCCACAUCUAUGGCGUGAUCAAUUAUGCAAUGUCAUUAUCAAUCUUUCAGUUGCAUGGUGUCCUCCUUCAUGGGCGUCACAUCAUCAGUGCCCAAACUUUCUGUAACUGAAUGUGCUGUUUCUUUAUGUGGAUGGAUACACAGCGUCAUGGAUGGCUUGUUUGAGAAAGCUUUAAAUAUCAAUAUGAUAUAUAUGUCUGAUCGCAACAUUAAAAUGAUAUGCCGAGUGAUGUGCUCCAUAAAGCCUCCAAUCUCAACUUGUAAUUUUUUCUGGCACAUGAGAAUUUGUUGACUGCUCAUAAGCAGUGAUAGAGCACAAGUCAA